AUGCGGGCGCGCCGUCCGCGCCUCGCCGGCUCAUUGACAGAACGAGACAAGACACCAAGGAGCUUGCUUCCGUCCUCCGAGGAGGAGAGAAAGACAGAAACAGAAAAAAAGUCCCAAAAAAAGAGGAGGAGAAACAGAGGCGAGCAGCUCGGAGGGUCCGAGCGCCACGGAUGUGCUGUGAAAGUCGCUCCGCGGUGCUCCGCCUCGCUGCUGCUGCGCCCCCCGCGCAGACCCGUUCGAGUUCCGCCCGGUACGCCGCCCGGUAGGCCCGCCCCCGGCAGCCAUGGACGCCAAGGCCGCCCGCACGCUGCUGCGAGCCGCGCUGCACGUCUUCCUGACGCUCCAACAAGUCGGAGGCUACACGUACAGGAACCAGCGCAAGUUCACCGAAGACAUCGACUGGUCGUACGACGGAACGCUGAACCAGAACAACUGGCACAAGAAGUUUCCGUCGUGCAGCAACGCCAAGCAGUCACCCAUUGACGUGGAGGAAAAUCUGGCCCAGGUCGAGCUGCGCUACCAGAAACUGCAACUGGAUGGCUGGGAGAACUUCACCGGCCAGCGUACCACCAUCAAGAACGACGGCAAGACCGUGGCGUUGGACGUGGACGGCGACUUCUACGUCGGCGGCGGCGGCCUGGCGUCAAAGUUCAAGGCGGGGCGCAUCGCCUUCCACUGGGGGCGCUGCAACGCUUCCUCGGAGGGUUCCGAGCACAGCCUGGACGGCGUCAAGUACCCCUUGGAGAUGCAGAUUUACUGUUUUGAGCCGCAGCGCUUCGACUCUUUCCAGCAAACCGUCAAGGCGGGGGGGCGGAUCACGGCCCUGGCUGUGCUCUUUGAGGCGAACUCGGAGGAGGACAACGCCCACUUUGCCGCCAUCAUCGACGCAAUCAACAGCGUCAGCCGAUACGGUAAGAGCGCCCGGGUGUCGCCCUUCAGGCCGCGUGCUCUCCUGCCCAACUCGACGGACAAGUACUUCAUCUACAACGGCUCGCUGACCACGCCGCCCUGCAGCGAGACGGUGGAGUGGAUCGUCUUCAAGAACACCGUUUCCAUCUCGGCCGAGCAGCUGGAAGCGUUCUGCGAGGUGAUGACCAUGCAGCAGGCGGGUUACGCGAUGCUAAUGGACUACCUGCAGAACAACUACAGAGAGCAGCAGCGCAACUUCAUGGGUCAGGUCUUCUCCUCCUACACGGGCACAGAGGAGCUCCUCACGCCAGUGUGCAGCUCGGAGCCGGAGAACGCGGAGGUGAGCGCCUACAACGGCAGCAGUCUGCUGGUGACGUGGGAGCGUCCGCGGGCCGUCUACGACUCCGCCAUCGAGAGGUACUCGGUCAGCUACAAAAUGGCCGACGCGGAGGACGCCGCCCGCUCGGAGUAUCUGACCGACGGAGACCAGGAUGUGGGCGCCAUCCUGGAUGAUCUGGCGGCCAACUGCAGCUACGUGGUGCAGGUGGUGGCGGUGUGCGCCAACGGCCUUUACGGACGCGUCAGCGACCCCUUGACCUUCACCGUGCCCGCCGACGGCCCCGGAAAUAGCCCGAUCCCGGAUUCCAUCCAAUUCGAUUACGAGGGGGAGUACUACCCACCGGACCCAAAUGAAUCAGAAGAUUACGUUCAGGCUCCGAUUCCCACAAAACCGCCCGCAACCUGGACUUCAGGACCGUCCCGCCGCCCGACGCACCAGAUAGAGUCGACUAGCGUUGCCGCAACUUUUGCCCAGCAUACCGCCUCCAAAACGGAGGCCUCCGGCAGGUCCUCAUCUUUGAGCCCUCCGUACGGAAACGCGAGAGACCACCGGGACGGGGUCCAGCAAAAGUCCUGGGAAAACAGUAAAGCGGCCCUGAAUCCGACGGCGCCGACACUAAGCGCCUUCACUGCUUCGAUCUCAAACGAUACCGUGACAAGAGCGAUCGCGGCAACCGUGAGCUGGACGACGAACGGGACGACGGCGCCGAAGCCCAAAACCACCAAAAUCGAGAUGACGACCGCCAGCCGGGCCCUGUCCGAAGCCACGCUCAAGACCGCCGCCGUCGAUACCACAAUGGAAACGACUCCAUUUUCAACCCCAAACAAGACCGAGACUACCGACGAGACAACCGCGGUGACGACAAACCCGUCAACGAAGAACACCAUCGGUCAGACCGGGCUGACAACCAAAACCACGAACCAGAUCGCAACCGCCAAUACGACAACGGAAACGACCGCCAGUCCGGCCGCGAACAAGACCGGGACCCCGUCUAGGAACAAAACCGCAACCACGAACGAGAUCGCAACCGCCAAUACGACAACAGAAACGACCGCCAGUCCGGCCGCGAACAAGACCGGGACCCCGUCUAGGAACAAAACUGCAACCACGAACGAGAUCGCAACCGCCAAUACGACAACGGAAACGACCGCCAGUCCGGCCGCGAACAAGACCGGGACCCCGUCUAGGAACAAAACCGCAAGCACGAACGAGAUCGCAACCGCGAACACGACAACGGAAACGACCGACAGUCCGGCCGCGAACAAGACCGGGACCCCAUCUAGGAACAAAACCGCAACCACGAACGAGAUCGCAACCGCCAAUACGACAACGGAAACGACCGCCAGUCCGACCGCGAACAAGACCGGGACCCCGUCUAGGAACAAAACCGCAACCACGACGGCCCCGUUCACCGAGACCGCGACCCCGAAGCCAACCGAUUUGAGCGACUUCACGCCCGUCCGCACGGACCCGCACGAAGUUCGGACCGCAGACGAUGCGCAGACUCGGGUGUGGCGGGGCGGCGUACUUUUGCGGACCACGCCGCCGCUCCCGAAGGGUGAGCGCCACUCUGUCCCCGCCCCUUCUUCCCAUCCCAUUGAUGUCACCAGCCCCCGCCCCAGCCUGCGACCCGUCCCCCCCGCCCGCUUGCAUGAGCUGACCGCGGACGCCACCCCGCCGCCUGUCCAAAUCCCCGCUUCUCCCGACUCUCGCCCCGCUCCCUCUUUCGCUGACGGCUUGGCAUCUUUCUCAUCGGGGGGGUCCCUCCCAGAGGUCUCCCUCGGCACCCCGCCCCUGCCUGGCCAAGACCCUUCCUCCCUUCCUGCACUCUCUUCCGCCAACGAGUUGGCAUAUUUCUCUUUGCGUGACCUGGCCGACGCGUCCGAGCAGGGGGGGUCCGUCUCUGAGGCGUGGCUUUCCCUCAGCCCCACCCUGCGGCCGUCGGUUCUCCUCUCGAGCGACCAGGCUAAGGAAGCCGAGUUCUUGGGAUACGGGACGGGAAGCACGGUUGACUCCGAGUUCUCGGACGCCAUUUGCGCUUGCUCCCUGGAGCCUUCUGCGUCCUGGCCCCUAGCCCCGCCCCACCGACCCCUUGGGGUCGCGACCUCGGGUUUCGAUGCGGAUCUUCUCUUGAGUUCUUCGGGUGUCCUCGUGAGUUCUUUUUCUGGGGCGGCUUCCGGCGGAUCGGUGGUCGCGCUCUCGCCCUCUUUGCCGGCGCCCGACUUCCCAAUGGCCGCUCGCAGCGCGGCGCCCCCCUCUGUUGCGGCCUCGUUGUUGCCAUCGCUACCUUUCGGUAGCGGCGUCUCAGGGUCCGGCGUAGACCAGGACUGGGAUGGCGUCGAGGUGUCGGCCUCGGGCGAGAGCGCCCGUCCUCAUGCCACCGACCCCCCUUUGGUCACUUUGGAGUCCGGGCGGACGCUCGUGGAUUUGGACGACCGCCCCUCGGCGUUCUAUUUUGACGGCGAGAGCGGGAGCGACGCCGGAUCCGGGCGAGCGGGCGCCGCCGCCGCCUCGCCGAGCGCGCCCGCUCUCCCCUCGCCCGUCUCCCCCGAGGAGAGCGGCUCGGGUCGGGCCGAGAACCCGUACGACAACGACGCCUCCUCGGACUUCAGCAUUCCCGAGCAAACUCGGCGGGAGGCGGAAAGGGAGGCGGAGCCAGUGGCAGACGUGAGCAACAGCGGCCACGAAUCUCGCGUGGGAUCCGUCGGGGACGGCGAGAGGAAAGCGGCGGUCCCCCUGGCCGUCAUAUCCGCGCUGACGGCCCUCGGACUGGCGGUCCUCGUCGGCGUCUUGGUCUACUGGAGGGUGUGUUUCCAGACGGCGCAUUUCUACGUGGACGAAGGUGCCCGCCCCCACCUCGGCGACGCGGCCGCAUUCGCAUCCGACCCAAAAGCGGCGCUUCCCGUGCAAGAUUUUGUCCGGCACGUCGCCGAGCUUCACCGAACGAGCGGAUUUCAGCGCAAGUUUGAGCUGCUAAAGGAAAGUUAUGAGGAGGUGCAGGCACGCCAGGCGGACAUGACGCUGACCUCGGAGACGUCCAACCACCCCGACAACAAGAGCAAGAACCGAUACGGCAACAUCCUGGCUUUCGAUCACAGUCGAGUGCGGCUGUCGGCGGGCGUGGCCGACAAGGACGGACGCUGUCGAGAUUACAUCAACGCCAACUUUGUGGACGGCUUCAAGAUGCGCCACGCCUACAUCGCGGCUCAGGGUCCGCUCGAGUCCACCGCGGACGACUUUUGGCGGAUGAUCUGGGAGCAGAACGUCGGCGUCAUCGUGAUGAUCACCAACCUGCUGGAGAAGGGACGCAGGAAGUGCGAUCAGUACUGGCCCGCCGACGCACGCCAGGACUACGGUGGCCUGGCGGUGGCGCUCCAGAGCGUCCAGGAGCUGGCCCACUACACUCGGCGCACCUUCGCCGUCACCGACACGCGUGGCAAAAAGGCUUCCCGGACCAGGCGAGUGGUCACGCAGUACCAGUACACCCGGUGGCCCGACAUGGGCGUGCCCGACCACGCCCUGCCGCUUCUCGACUUCAUACGCCAGUCGUCACGAGCCAGGACGGCAAAUAUGGGCCCGGUGGUGGUGCACUGCAGCGCCGGCGUGGGCCGGACGGGCGCCUACUUGGUGUUGGACAGCAUGCUGAGGCAAAUGAGGCAAGAGGACGCCGUGGACGUGGACGGAUUCCUCCGACACAUCCGCACGCAGAGGAACUUCCUGGUCCAGACGCAGGAGCAGUACGUGUUCAUCCACGACGCCUUGGCGGAGGCCAUUUUGUGCGGCGAUACGGAGGUGGCGGCGUCGCGGCUUCACGCCUACGUGGAGCGGCUGCUGACUCCGCUGCGCGAUGGCAACACGCCGCUGGACCGGCAGCUCGAGCUGCUGAGCGCCGAGGCGACAAACGGCGACGACUCGGCGAGCGCACUUUCCGACGGCAACCGCCAAAAGAACCGAAGCCGCUCGCUGCUGCCGGUCGAAAGGUCGCGAGUGCGUUUGUCGCCGUGCGCCGGCGACCCGUCCGAUUACAUCAACGCGUCCUAUGUGACGGGCUACAGGCGCAGCAAGGAGUUCAUCAUUACCCAGAAUCCUUUGCCCGGCACCGUCAAGGACUUCUGGAGGAUGAUUUGGGAACACGACGUGCGCGUCAUCGUGUCGCUGCCGGGACCCGCGUGUGCUCAGGAUGAAGAAGAGGAGGCGGAGCCAUGCGCCUUCUGGCCCGCGAAAGGCCACUCGCUGAGCUGGGAGACCUUGAGCGUCACUCAAACGUGCGAAAACGUCAUCUGCCUGGCUAACGAGGACGCGUUGCUGGUUCACCACUUGGCCGUGCACGUGGCGCAGGACGACUUUGUGGCCGAGGUGCGCCUGUACCGCGCCCCGCGCUGGCCCGACCCCGACGGCGCCAUCAGCGACACCUUCCUGCUGGUCCGCCUGAUCCGGGAGGAGACCGCCGCAAAGGAAGGAGCUACCGCGCUGGUCGACCGCCUGGGCGGAGUCACCGCCGGAACCUUCUGCGCGCUGUCGUCUCUGAUGGACCAGCUUAGCGACCGGCGGCGCGUGGACGUCUUCGGAGCAGCCAGGAUGACCAACCUCGCCAGGCCCGGAACCUUCCGCACGCGCGACCACUUGGAGUUCCUCUACAAGGCGCUGUUGAGCGUGCUGGACGAGCCGGGAGAAGAAGACCGACGAGACCGAGACCAAGUCCACCUAGACGAUGAAAGCCAAGACGAGAGCCGGCCAAUGAGGAGCGCCGCCAGUUGUCAGCGCAAUGGCGCACUCCCACCACUGGGAGGCAAACGAGCGCCCAACGGACUCGAUUCGCUGGUGUGAUCAGCCGAGAGUGCUUCUCGGACGUCAUUUUGUAACGUGCCUUUUUUUUUUUUUAACUCUUUGCGGUCACUCUUUAACGCCGUCACAUCAAGACAACUAACGUUGGUACUUUUGCAUAUUUAUUGGCAGCAACGAUGAGAAAGGAACACGGGACAGUAGUAAGUUUUUUUCACUUCGUGUCGGUAAUAUUUCACCUCGAAGGACCAAAUUGUAUUUAUACUCUACCCGAUUUUUUUAUGUAGUGCUUCCGUCAAAGGCUUUUCUUUUUAUUAAUCUUCACUUUAGAUGACACAAACCCGCAUGUUUAUACUUUCUUUGCACUCUGCUGCUUUCGUUUGCCAUUCAACUACCACCAAAAUCCUGAUGCUUUGUUUGGUUUUUUUUUUGUUGUUUUUUUUGCGCACAAAACUGUGGGAUUCAGCCACAAUAAUUCACUCACAAUUUUCGAGAGAACAUGCUGUUUUGUUCUUUGAGUAAAAAAGUGACAUGGUUAAAAAUUCUACCCGUUUUAUUCCUUUUUUUUAAGUCGUCGUAAAAACCAAAAAAAUAAUUAACCUUUCAAAAAACAUGACAUUUACCGGGGAAAAUAUUUUUUUAAAAACAAAUCAGAGUUCUACUAUUCUCAAAAGAUUUUUUUCACAUAAAAUAAUGUUUUUUAAAAAAUUAUUUUAAACGCAAACAAUGAAUUACACACCAUCCCCAAAAUGCUUUCGGAUAAACAAGCACUUUUGACAGACAGAAGUGACCUUAAAAACAAAAGAGCUUGGUGAAAAAAAGAAGACCAUAAAAUCCCGUGUAUAAUACGACCGCCCAAAAAUGUUUGUUUUUUUUAUCAUCUGUACGCGUCUGUAUAUUACUCUACCCUGAUUUGCUGGUAUCCGUUGUUAUCAUCUGGUCACAUUUGUGCAAAUGUUUCUCAUGCUGCCAUAACUCAGCCUGACUCUUCGCUAUAAAACAGUGUCGUUGAAA